AUGGAUACCAGCAGCGAUAAUCCAAAAGCUCUAGAUCCUCGGCCUAGUGAAGAUGUCAAGUCAACCGCCGAAGGACACUCCGACCUCAUCAGCGGACCCAUGCCCGAAUCCUUGAUCAACCUCGACGCGGACGAACUUGCCCGUCUGCAGAAGAAGCUUGUGCGCAAGAUCGACUUUGCCAUCUUGCCAUCCAUCGGUAUCCUCUACAUCUUGAACUAUAUCGACCGUCAAAAUUUAGCGGCUGCCAAAUUGCAGGGAAUCACAGAUGACCUCAAUAUGACCACCCAACAGUUUGCCACGGCCAUCUCAAUCCUCUUUGUCGGGUACUUGCCAUUCCAAAUCCCAAGCAAUCUCCUCAUAACAAAGAUCCCUCGUCCAGGAUUGUACAUCUGUACUGCGGCUGUCAUUUGGGGCGGCAUAUCAGCUGCUACGGCUGGGGUCCAUACCUAUGGCCCCUGGUACGUUACAGCUUGGUAUACCAAGCACGAGCUUGGAAAGCGUUUUGCUGGCCUUCAUAUCGCCCAACAGGUUGGCAAUGCCUUUGGCGGCCUCUUCGCUGCAGGAAUUUUUCAGCUGGACGGCGUACACGGCGUCGCAGGCUGGAGAUGGUUGUUCAUCAUCGAAGGCAGUGCAACAGUUGGCCUUGCAAUAAUAUGCGCCAUGAUCAUGCCUGAGUAUCCCCACAACAGCCGCAUGCUCUCUCAAAACGAGCGAGAUCUUGCCGUUUGGCGCAUCGAAUCCGAAGCUGGUGCGGCCGAAGGAAAUGAGAACGAGAGUGUACUGAAAAGUUUUGUCAAGGCACUGACAGACCCUAAGCUCAUCCUGCUCAUCCUUUGCAAUAUGCUCUCACAGGCCCAGGGCUCCAUCGCGAAUUAUUUUCCGACAAUCGUUGCCUCGCUCAAUUACUCCAGAACCAUCAGCCUGCUGCUUACUGCUCCCCCUUACGUCCUCGCAGGCAUCGUCUACUACGGUAUCAUGUGGUAUUCAGACAAACGAAAUACUGUGUAUCCCGUCAUUCUUGUAUGCAUCAGCAUCGCUAUCACCAUGUACAUCAUCCCGAUGGCAACAAGCAGCGUCGGAGCCCGUUAUUUCUCAUUUCUGAUUCUGCCAUUCGCUUCCGUCGGUCCACAAAUCCUCCUUUACAAAACUAUCAAUUUGCACCUUGCCCGCCCAGUUGCGAAGCGGGCAGCGGCGUCCGCCCUGGUCAAUGCUAUUGGCGGCACUUCGAACAUCUGGGCCUCAUAUCUGUAUUAUGCUCCCCCGAGAUUUUAUGCAGCCUUUGGUACUUUGAUGGGAUGCGCCAUCUUGUUUGCUGGAGUUCUCACGUUCUAUCGCUGGCUAGUGUUGCGCGAGAAUAUGCGGCUUGAUUGGGGCGAACCAGAAAAUGUCGCCAAAGUGAUGAGGGGUGGUGUCACUGCGGAGAUGGUACAGCUGGGAUGGAGGUAUGAGAUGUUCUGA